CCGAUUCGUGAUUCUAUCUGCAGUUCAGUCGGUUCGACGCUCAUUAGAAGUUUGUGAAGUGUGUAUUCGGCGAUCUGACUCGAGCUGUGCAGGAUGAGCAUCAGGUGUGUGUGUCCGUGAGCUGCAGGAGUGAUGGCCGGCAGGGUCAGCUUCGGCUCUGAUCUGCACACCGAUGUGGAGAGUCCGGCUGAUGAAGAUGGGGUUCACGACUCGUUCUGUCAGCUGAUCGAGGAACAGUGUUAUGAUCUUCAUGAUGAUGGGAUCGAGAUGAUCCCGCUUGACCUGGAGGACGAGAGCAGAGAUGAUGUGGUGUAUCUGGACGGUCCGGCUCGUCAUUGGUCAGAGAGUCUGAGUGAUGCGCCGCAGCAGACGGAUAAUCUGAUUGGAGAGCGCUGGUCAUCUGACACACUCAAAGUGCUGUCCUCCAUGCCCAGCCGCACCAUCGGGCGCAGUCGAGGCGCGAUCAUCUCUCAGUAUUAUAACCGCACCAUGCAGCUGCGCAGACGCAGGCAGAGCCGACCAUCCAUCCAGCACUUCCCUCGCUCCGCACGGCCCAGCAUACGAGGGCACGGCGUGGAGAUAGACGGAGCCGGCUUCCAGGAGGAAGAGAAUAAGAGGGAGCGCUUGGUGAAUAAUCUGCAGAAUCUGUCUGUGAGUGAUCGAGUGCGGAUGCUGAGAGCCAUGCCACUGAGUCUGGCAGAGAAGAAAGAGCUCCGGAUGUUGGUGCUGAAUAAAGGCGAGCACUCUCUGUCUGAGAAUCAGAUUCCCUGCUGCAGUCAGCUCAAAUACUACAUCAUCAUCGCAGUGCGUCACGGCUGGUACAGCUGGCUGUCGCUGGUCUCGUCUCUGCAGUUGUGGCAGACAGCUCUCAAGUGUGUGUCUGGCCGCUUCGGGACGGGUGUGCUCUCCUACUUCCUGUUCCUGCGCACGCUGCUGUUCUUCAACAUCUUCCUCUUCCUGUUCACCGCGCUGUUUCUGGCCGUCCCGCAGGCCGUGCUUCCUCCAUCGCAGGACACACACACCAACAGCACCAGCAGGAGCUCAUGGGGGCUCGAGGUCCUCACUGGGGCUGGUUAUUUCUCCGACUCAGUGCUGUAUUACGGUUAUUACAGUAAUCAGACUCUGCAGUCAGGCCGCCGCUGUUCUCAGAGCAGUAACGGGACGUCCUGCGAUGCCGCUUUCUCUUAUAACAUGCCCCUGGUUUACUUCUUCACCAUCGGUGCUGCGUUCUUUAUCACCUGCAUCAUCCUUGUCUACAGCAUGUCGAAGUCGUUCGGUCGGAGUUUCCGCAUCGGUAAAUCUAAAGGUCUGCUGGCCAUAAAGGUGUUCAGCUCCUGGGAUUAUAAAGUCAGCAAGAAGAGUUCAGUGAGACUGCAGAGAGCAAACAUCAGCACACAACUCAAGGAGCUGGUGGCAGAAGUGAACCGUCAGCAGCUGAAGUCUCCACUUCUCCAGAGGUUGUUCCGGAUCUUCAUCCACAUGCUGGCCUGGAUCAUGUGUUUGGGAAGCACGCUAGCAUCCGUGCUAGGUGUUUACUACUUCUCUGAGUACAUGCACAAGGAUCUGCGCAGUCGUGUGCGCUCCAGUUCCUCUGAUGCUCUGCUGCUGCUAAAGGAAGCGAGUCUGCUGGCUGUCCCAGUGCUGGUGUCCAGCAUUAAUCUGCUGCUGCCAGGAUUCUUCAACGCUGUGGCCUGGAUGGAGGAGUAUGACUCUCCCAGUGUGCUCAAUUACGUCUCCAUCAGCAGGAACCUGCUGCUGAAGGUCAGUGUGUUGGGUGUGUUGUGUUACCACUGGCUGGGUCGUGUCGCAAUGAACCCUGACAGUCUCAGUCUGCAGUGCUGGGAGAGUUUUGUCGGGCAGGAACUCUACCGUUUCCUCCUAAUGGACUUCAUCUUCAUGCUCCUCGACACUUUCUUUGGAGAGUUUCUGUGGAGGUUGUUUUCUCAGAAAGCUCUAAAGAGGAAGAGGAAGCCUGUGUUCGACAUUGCCAGGAAUGUGCUGGAGCUCAUCUACGGACAGACUCUGGCUUGGUUGGGUGUGCUGUUUUCUCCUCUCCUGCCAGUGGUGCAGAUCAUUAAACUGCUGUUUCUUUUCUACAUGAAGAAGGUGAGUCUGAUGAUGAACUGUCAGGUGUCUGGGAAGCCCUGGAGAGCGUCUCAGAUGACCACCAUCUUCAUCACACUGCUCUGCUUCCCUUCAUUCCUGGGGGCCGCAGUGUGUGUCACCUACACCAUGUGGACUAUACAGCCAUCAGCCGGCUGUGGGCCGUUUCGGGGUCUGAAGACGAUGUUCCAGGCCGGUAAGCUGUGGGUUCGGGAUCUGGCGCUGGCGAACCCCAGUCUGUGGUGGCUGGAGUCGGCACACACGUAUCUGGUGGAGAACCCGCUCUUCCUGUUCCUGUUUGCCGCCGUCUUCCUGAUCGUGAUCUACUUCCACAGUCAGGUGCUGGACGGCCAGAGGAAGAUCAUCGAACUCCUUCAGGAGCAGAUCGAGAACGAGGGCGAGGAUAAGAAGUUUCUGAUCAUGAGACUGCAGGAUAUUCAUGAGCACAGACGAGUCCGUGGACAACGAGACACCGGGGGCUCCAGUUUUUCCUGAUGAUCUUCACUGAUGUAUCCAGACGAUCUUCAUGAUGAUGAUGAUGAUGAAGAGCACACCGGAUUAGGUUUGGGACGCUGGUUUGUGGUGUUUUCUUGCCAUCUUCUGUAUUGGGACACUUUUAAAUUCGACUGUGAAAUGUGGAAAUAUUAAAUAUUCACUGUUUACUUUCAUUCUGACGCCAGAAACUGGAUCUUGUGUUUUACACACUGUGAUUGUUGUUAUUAUUAUUAUUAUUAUUAUUAACAGAGUUUUCAGAACGACAUUUUUAAAUAAACAUAUUUUUAUCAAA